ACGCCUGUAUGCUGCACAGAGACAUCGCCCAGGGGGCAACCAGGUGGACAUUCAAAAGGGGGAGAAGCGAAAUGGGCGCGGCGCGCGAAAUGGGUGUGGAAUACAAAACAUUCGCUUAUUACAAAACGUUCGCGGGAUACCAAAUGUGCACGCCGUGCAAAUGCGCAGAAAGGCACACGUGAGGAGUCGAAGAAGGGAGCAACUCUGCCCUCAGCAAAGGGCAAAAAUGGCAAAAAUGAAAACCCACGGCAAUCGCUAAACGCACACGAAUUUUCGCGCUGGGGGGAACGCCUUGUAGAGGCAACGCCCAGGAGUGCAGGCGGAGUUAAGCUGCGCGCAAACAUACAUAAUACAUACAUAUAUACACACACACACGCAAACACACAUGUGUAUGCACUUGCACACGUGUAGUGACCCCCCAGCAGCCUAACCCCCCCGCGCUGAGGAUGAAGAGGGGCAGUGCAACUCUUGCAGACAGCCCCAAGUACGCCAAACGGAAAAAAAACAAAUGGGCAGUCCCCGCCUCCCCCUUUGAAUGCAAAAAAAACAGCUACGUACGCUGCAGGAGGAACAGCUUUAACAACUUGGGGGGACUGCUCCUGGAAAAGAACUUCUUCAUUUUUAAUUUCCUCCUAAGCGUGAAAUGUAACGAAGAGGAAAAAAAAAAAAAAAAAAAAAAAAACACUUCGGAAUGUGCCAUAUCGGAUGGCGACGCAGAAUUGCGGCCGUAUUACCUCAGCCAGGGGGAGCAGGUAUUCCUCCAACAGGAUGAUCAAAAUGGGUGGAGCGAGGAGGAGCCAACGCGCAUGCAGGGUGGAGACAGCUGCGAGCCAACUGGGGAGGCCACAGAAAUACACACAGAGCCAAAUGAACCAAGGGGAGAAUGCCCCAAAGGGAAUUUAAUCGAAAAACAUAUGAACACUCUGCUGAAAGGAAAUUUUUUUUUUUACAUAAAAAAUUACAUUCAUCACAUCUUGAGGAACGUGGACAUUUGCAGGGAGGAAAAACCGAACGAAACGUUUUUCGAGUUUUACACUAAUUUCAAAAAUAAAAAAAAAAAAAUUUACUUUUGCAACAGCGAGGAGUUGCUAAGUGAUGUGUACUGCGACGUUUCGGAGGCCUCCGAUGAUAGCGACUACAACUACUUUUUUGAGAAGGCCAAUCAGCUGCAUGAUUACGAGGGUGAAGACGGCUCGGAGGACGGGGGAGCGGAAAAUGACAUAGUGAUGCAGGUGACUGGGCGGCGGGAGUCAGAAGCGACGGACGGUAUGGAGAAGACGAACGGGGAUAUGUGCCUCAUCCCGAAUUUGAGUAAAAAGCUGAACAAUCUGCAAUUUCAGAAGCGCCACUCAAUGUUGUCCGUCGACGAGGAUAAGAGCAAGCGUGAGGCGAAGGAACGCAAGUUUGCCAAGUAUGCCUGCGGCCGCUGCGGAGGGGGAUGGCCUGCCGGUGAGGGGGAACUUUCUGAUGCAACUAACUCGUCUAAUGUGACUGACCCCUCCGGCGAGGGCAACACCGUUUGCCUUCUGCAGAUCCUCAUUUCGAACCUUACCCAGGGGGAGCUACUCUUCUGGGCGAAAGUCAAAAGCUGCAUAGAGCAGUUCCUCGGGACGAUAAAAACGGCCGUCCUUUUCAAGGGCCCAGCCAACUAUCUAGAAACACCGUACGUGGAAAUUAUGGACGAAAUAGAAAAGCGGAAGGGGGAAAAAGAACACAUAAAAUAUAUAAAAAAAAAAAAAAAAUUACUAACUCUGCGAAAGGAACAAAAAUGCAUCAACUGUUUGUUCGAAAAAACGAUCAACUCUGUUCGAAUUUCCAUCAAAUAUGACUUAACCCUAGCGAGCGAAAAUUUUAAUUACCUCUUCAAAAAUAGGAUAUAUAAAUAUAAAAAAUUUAUUGAAAAAAUGCUGACGCAAAAAUGGGGAGAUGUUCCCAAUGUGGACCACACAGAUGAGAAGUCCUCUUUUUUACACAGUCAAUUAAAUCCCAUUGUUUUUAAAAAUUUGACGAAAAAAAAUUACGACUUUUCACUUCUCAUUCAUAGUGUCCAUUUGGAGCUGUAUGGAUAUAUGUACAUGCGCGAUUAUUUAUUUUUCCUGCUCAUCAUGGUGGAGGUUUACGUGUUUAUUCACUUCAAUGAUAUCAACUACACGUAUGCGCACAACACAGAUUUGUUCCUCGACCAAAUUUUAAAAAAUCUGUUCACGUAA